GGCACCGAUGGGGAAGGGUUCCCCAACACCACCUCCACCUCCUCCCUACACCGCAACCCCGUGGGAGCUCCCCCGCCACACGCCUCCCUCGCCCCGAGGUUCACCUUCCCGGCUGGGAGGCGGAUGCCACUCGGACUCCGCGUCCUGCUCCGGGGGGCCGCUCAGCCCCGCUGCCCACACCCGACAUGGCGACUGCGGUGCCCUCCCCCUGCCCGCCCUCAGCGGGGCCGGCGGCGGCCGCGGCUCUUCCUCAGCCUGCCCGCAGCAGGGCGGUGGCGGCGGCUUCCGGCGAAGCCUUCUUGCCUUCAACAAAGAUGGUGCUCCCCGCGCAGGCUCCGCGGGUGCUGGAGCGCCCUGCGUAGUUCCUCACUUCCCUCUUGUUGCCAGAUGGAUGCCAGAGACAAGCAGCUUUUACGCUCCAUGCGCCUGGAGCUCUGCACAGAGGUGCUGGUGGAUGGAAUUGUUAUUCAGUAUCUCUACCAAGAAGGGAUUCUCACAGACAGUCACGUUCAAGAAAUCAAAUCCCAAACCACCAGUCAGAGGAAAACCAUGAUGCUCCUUGAUAUUCUCCCCACCAGAGGACCCAAGGCUUUUGAUGCAUUCUUGGAUUCCUUACAGGAGUUCCCAUGGGUUAAAGACAAGCUGAUAGCAAAGCGUAAGGAAAUGACAGUACAAGACCCUGAAGUUGUAACUGAAAUCCCACCGUGUGUUUUGAAGAGUUCACCAACAGAUCAGCAGCUGAAUAAGCUUGCCAGGAGACUGGGACCCGAAUGGGAGCACAUAGUUCUGUGCUUGGGUCUGUCCCACACUGACAUCUAUCGAUGUAAAGUCAAUCACCCUCACAACCUGCAGUCACAGGUUGUAGCUGCCUUUGUCCUUUGGAGACAGCGUUUGGGAAAGAAAGCAACAAUCCAAAGCCUGCAGGCUGGUCUGAUGGCAGAGGAAGUGGAUCCUUCUGUGAUACAGGACAUCCUUGAGUGAAGCCUCGGUAUUGAGUGGGAGCUUUCCAGUGCUUUGUGAAAUUAAUCAAAGAGGACUCACCGAAACUUACCUUGAACAUCUGACACUUCAAACUGGAAAAAAAUGGGGUUGAGAACUGUGGCUGUAUUAAGCUUAAACAUUCCAGUUUUCUGUGGUAUCUUGUGACUUGUAAUUCUUUUCAUGCCAGAUUAAUUUUUAGCAGGCAUUAAAAAACGGAUCACUCUUUCCUGUUCACUUUUGUACUAUUCCUGUGGGGAUAUAGGGUGACACUUUAAGUCCUUGCAAGCAGGAGGCCCUGCAGUGAGUUCAGCAAAGUUUCUGGUUUCAUUGCAGGAGCAACACUUGGUUUAACCUAUUUUCUGGACUAUUUAGGAGCCUUUUUUAGUGCUGUUCCAUGCUAGUUCCUUCAUAUCCCAUCAAGAAAUGAGAAUAAUCACUGUUGCUAAUUUCACAAUUUUCCAACAGUUAUUGCAGGUGGCUAAUUUCACAUUCAUAAAAGUUUUAGCACAUACAGUUUCUUGCUAGGAUAGAUGGCUGCCACCCUGGUCUGCCUUUGAAACUGGCCCUCAGUGGAGGUAACAGGAACCUGGUGUGUAUGUAAGGGUUUCUCCUGUUAUAAUUUAAUGUGUUUCUUUAAGGAGACAGGCACCAUGCACAUACGCCAUCUCUUAGCAUAACACGGGUGGGGAAUUCUCAGUAAGACAUACAGUACAAAAGUGACCAGAAGGCAGGUAGGAGAUGGCAAACAGAGUGAGAAGGUGCCUAAAAAAUGAGACUUCUGGGUUGUCCCUGUUUAUCUCUGCUAAUAAACUGAGAGACAACCUGAUGCCCUAUGAGUCUUUACACUAUGCUCUGGAUCCAGGCAAUCUUGUUUCACAUAAGUUUUACUCUUAGGUUGAGUGUCAUAGGCACCUUUCUCUGACCACUGCAUUCUCAGAGGGGUACUGGAGCUUUCAGAUCCUUUCUGGUCAAGCUGUGCUCCUCACUGCUCACUUUACUGCUUUGCUUUUUUUUUUUUUUUUUUCUUUUUUUAACUCUUCCUGUACCCAGAUUUUGGAAGAUGUCUGGGAAAUUAGGAAGGACAUAGAGAUUUUAAAGAUGCCCAGUCUGCCUUGUCUUUCAGAAGCAUGGAAACAGAAAACAUAUCCUGGCUGGAUCUGCUCCUACAGAUCCCAGAGCAAUCUGGUGUUAUUUUGGUUUUAAUCUUCAGUAUAAAGUUCUGACCUUCAGUAAAUCAUGAUCCUUUUUUACCUUGCUCAGAUCUUGGACUAACCAUAUCCUAUUAUGGCUAAUUACAGAGUUUAAGUCUACCAUCCAAGUCUCAAAUAAACAAUUGUAAA